UUUGGGUUGUGUGUGUCUUUUGGUGGAGGAAUGCUUGUCACCUACUCCUUUUAAGUUCCCCCAAUUCUCUAUGCUUCUCUUAUUGCCUUCUACGAAACAUUAUAGAGAGAGGUUAGAGAGAGAGGGGGGUAAAAAAAGCUUUGAUCUGUGCUUGCUAACUGCUUCAAUGGAGAGGCAUAAAUGCAAGCUCUGUGUUAGAACUUUUCCAAAUGGAAGAGCUUUGGGUGGUCACAUGAAGGCCCACUUGGCAGCAACUCGGCAGCAACUCGGCGGGCUUGAUCGUAAUGAGUCAUUUUCAUCCUCGUAUUCUUCUUCCUCUGGUGAAGAAGAAGUAAAAGAAGAGCAAGAAAUCGUCAAGAACAGAGAAAUGGUUGAAGAGAAGUCUCUGGCUUAUGGAUUGAGAGAGAAUCCCAAGAAAAGUUUCAGGCUUGCAGAUCCUGAGUUCUCUUUUACUGUUGAUGCUGGGUCUGUUGUCGUGCAAGAUAGGGAGAGUGAGACCGAGUCAAGAAACCCAACUCGAAGACGAUCCAAGAGGAUCCGUAAAUCGUGUGGUUUUGGAGAUAAUCAGGAGCAGGAUAUUGAUGUCAACAAAGUAGUAGACUUGAAGAAUCCGAGUUGGGUCGAGUCAUCAUCACCAGCUGAGCCAGAACCGGUGAGUUCUGUUUCUGAUACCUCCCCUGAAGAAGAUGUUGCUAGGUGCCUUAUGAUGCUGUCAAGAGACGUUUGGAUGAGAAAUAUUGAAGAGGAGUAUGAAGAACAAGGCGGUAAAGAUGGGGAAAGGUCAGUUGAGAUGUUGGAGGAAGCAGAGGAGAUCAAAGUCAGCAAGAUUCGCGGGAAGUUCAGGUGUGAGAAAUGCAUGAAGCUGUUUCGAUCUUCAAGGGCAUUGUCUGGUCAUAAGAGGAUUUGCUCGUUAAAUGCAACAGAAGUAAGAAGAUUUGCUGGUAGUGCUGAUGCCAAUGACAGAAUUUUUGAAUGCCCAUAUUGUUUCAAGGUGUUUGGGUCUGGACAAGCACUAGGUGGACACAAAAGAUCACAUCUUAUAGGCUCUUCAACUAGUAUUAGUGGUGUUGUCGAAGCAUCUACUAAACUGGAGAACAAUUUGAUAGAUCUUAACUUGCCUGCUCCAGUGGAAGAUGAUGAAUUUAGUGUGGUCUCUGAUGCAUGAUCCAUUGACACUCAAUUAGCACGACGAAGAAGUUCAUUGUGGGAUCUGAGGUUAUAAUGCCUUGUCUUUUGCAAUCCAAUCAAGUGGGUUGGUUAUUUGUAGUUAUUAUAGACAUAUUACCUUUAUCUUCUUUCAUUGAUAGAUCAAUGCUUAUUUGAUCUUUGGGAAUUCUUGAUUCCCUGCAGCCGACUACUGUUUAUUUCUUUGAGUUCUCCGCAAGUGCCUUGUCAUUGAUUUGAUAGUUUGAUUAGGUAAAUAGGGAUUAAUGUGAUGUAGUGGUAGCUUCUCCAUUACCAUUAUAAUUGUGCUGAAAAUUCAUUUCUUUUUUAAUUUUAAUUACCAACUCAAUUAAUGCUAAAAUCCAUUGCUUCGACUUUCCACAA